UUCUUCUCUCGGCUCUUGCAUCAUGGCGGUAAAUCUCCCAAGCUUCUCUCAGCCUGGUUUGGAGUGCUUUCAUCAACUUCAACAGGAAGCCGAGUUCCUGGUGUGUUCAGUCAGACAGCUGAAAGACUCCCAGGCCCGGUACGCUCACGCACUAGAGAGCGUAGAGAUCGUGAGCAGAAACAGAAAUGGAGAAUUCCUUCUGCCCCUCACUAGCUACAUGUAUGUUCCUGGAGCUUUAAACACGGACCACGUCAUGGUGAACAUCGGGGCCGGAUUUCAUGUGGAGAAGAGUACGGAGGAAGCCAAGGCCUUCUUAAAGCGGCAGAUAGACCUCGUCUCAAAGCAGGUGGAAAAGGUUGAGUCAGUUGUUGAGGAGAAAUGUUUAAUCAUCAAAGGAGUGAAAGCAUCUAUUCCGACAACGGGAGCUGCCAACCACAGGUCAUGAAUUCACCUGCUGUACGAGUAUCCAGGUGUUAUUGUGUCAGCACUCACAUGAGGCAUAGCUCUGCUGUCUGAAGUUUAAUUGUUAUUAGUUUUCUUAAGUUAAUUGUUUUCAUUCGAGUUGUUUGAGAUGCUGUUGCUGGUUUAAAAAUUUAAUAUUUUAAAGGUUUAUUUUUGUGGUCUGUUUUUUGGGUGAAAUUACUUGGAUGUGCGGUAUGUUGGGUUUUCUUCAAAAUGUUUCACCUGUAUGUUAAAACCCAGGAAUAUAUUGGCUGUAGUGUUAGAGGAACAUACUGUGAUACAUUGUUAUAGGAAAAAAAACAUUUUAUUGUUAAAUGUUACUAAAAAAACAAAUUUCUUUCAUUUAUGUAACACUAAAACAAAUGCAGGAUUGUUGAUAAAGUUUCUGUCUUAUAUGGAUAUUAAAUGGAAUCUUUCAAACGUCA